AUGGGAGAAAUCGUGGCAGAAUACAAGGGCGCGUUAAUUACAACCGAUGCUGAUGUAAAACGAUACAAUAUACCCAUUCAGCCUCCCAUCAACCUCGACACCGCCUCACCACUCGAUCCUGACAAUGACCACGACGAAUUGACGAUGGACGUCGUGCAUGCGCUUUCCAACAUUUCGCAAUAUGCAACCCAGCCUUUUAUUGGACUCAAGGAUAUGGUACAAGAUCGGUUUGGAAACAGUCCCUGGCUAGAGACCAUCUAUUGGGGUAUCGACAAAGUAUCCGCAGCCGUCAACAAAAUCAUCGCCUCGACCACCGAAGAACUUAGUGGCAAACCUCCUACAGCCAAGCUGCUCGCAUGGCAUCCACACCGCCAUAUGAUCGCCAUUGCAUAUCAAGAUAAUACCGUUCAUGUGUACGAGCGCACCGACGAUAAUGAUUGGACAUGUAAAUUGCUGCGACAUCGCUUUAUGAAGAAUAUCACUUGUCUCGAAUGGAAAAAGAGAGCACGAGGAACAUUGGCUGUGGGUUGUCGGAACGGCGUUUGUGUUUGGAGUUUGGGAAGCGACUCAGUCACCAAUGCUGAUCUUACAAGCAAAUUGGAACCUUGCAAUCGUCAUGGACCCUCAAUGAAUUAUCUCUGUCAUACCGGCUAUGGCCCUAUCAGCGCUCUUGCCUGGGACCCUACUCCAGCAAGUCAUCUUUUGGCAGUGACAUCCGCUACAAAGGGAACCUUGGUGAUCUACGACACAAUGACAUUAUCAACAACCCCUCUAAAACGACAAGGAAAAGGAAACACGAUUCUACGAUGGAGCCCUGAUGGUGCUUGGUUAUUCGUUGCUUCCGACAAGCAAGUCAAAUCGAGAAUGUGGGAUACGCGACACUGGGUGUAUAGGGAUAUGACCAAUCCUCCAGGUCUUGGCGUUCAGUCUGCUUGCUGGGCACCCGAUAGCAGGAAUUUAUUCAUUUCGAUGCAUGGCAAAAGCGAUAUCCAUUUGAUUUAUUGGACAGACUCAACAUCAGCUGCAGAAUUGAAACAAGAAAAGGUGUACUCGGUGAGAGCACCUGUCGAAGGACCCACAGGACACAUGAAUCAUAAUCAUAUCCGAGAAAUUGCUCUAUCCCCCUCUGAUGGAAAGCGGUUGGCCGUGGUCUUUGAGAAAUCCGAUUGUGUGGCAUUAUAUUCUGUACAGCUCGAAAGCAUGCCAACACUUGCCAGGAAGGAUAUCUUGCAACACAUUGGCAUUGUUAAUACACGUGCUUCAAUGAAUGAUUCUGGAAAGCCAAUACACAUUGCAUACUCGGCGAAUAGCAGCACAAGCAGCACAUUGGCAGUGCUACAUAAAACGGGUGUCGUCGACUUUAUUACUCAAGUAGCAUAG